AUGCAUAUCCUGGUAGUCAAUGACGACGGUCCUCCCAACCAGCGCCUCUCGCCGUACAUCCGCCCGCUGGUCGCCCAACUCCAAGCCGCAGGCCACCUCGUGUCGGUCGCCAUCCCCGCCGCCUCGCGCUCAUGGAUCGGCAAAGCACACCUGAUCGAAGCCUCACUGAAAGCAAACUACGUGCAUCCCGAUGCAUUCCACGCCGAUGGAACAUGGGACGAGAACUUCCGAGCCCAACAUAAUGGAAACGGGCAAGAAGAGAGCGAAACACCCUCCGAUGAUGAGUGGGUGGUAAUCACCAACGGCACACCCGCCAGCUGCGCCCAGCUGGGCCUGUACAACCUCUUCGCCGAGCGCCCGCCCAUCGACCUGGUAAUCUCGGGCCCGAACCACGGCCGCAACGCUUCAACCAUCUACAACUUAUCCUCGGGGACGGUGGGCGGCGCGCUCGAGGCCGUGUUCUGCGGCAAGCGCGCCAUCGCCAUCUCGUUCGGCAGCAAGGAUCCGCAGCCUGCUGCGAUCAUUGCCGCCGCGGCCCGGCUGGCUGUCCGGGUGGUGAACCACCUCACUCGCCACUGGGACGCGCGCGUCGAGCUGUACAAUAUCAAUAUCCCCAUGCGCGAGGACGUCGAGUCUCGUCCGGUCUGUUAUACCCGUACCCUGCCUUACUACUGGUCCCGUGGCUGUUUGUAUGCGGAGACUGCUGCUUCAGAUAACACUGCGCCCAAGGCAUUGCUGAAUGGUGACGCUGCUACGAAUGGCCAUGCUGAGGCCAUGCACCCCACGGAGCGCCAUUUCAAGUGGUCGGCUGAUCUGUCGGAUAUGAAGAAGUCCCUGCAGGCAAGUGAGGAGGGCACGGAUGCUCAUACCGUGCUGAGUGGGUCGACAAGUGUGACUGCUCUCCGCGCGAAUUUCUGGCACGUCCCUGAUCUCGACGGGCCCUUGGAACUGGAUCCGUAA